GCUGCAGUUUGUGUUGAGAAGAGCUCAGCUCAGUUAGCCAUCAUGUCCUGCAAGUAGCAGAAUAACUUGUGUUGAUUUGAUUCUCAGUCAUUUCUAAUUUCUAAACUAAUACCAAUAACAAUAACACCAUGUAAAAACACUUAAGCAUUGAAAACAUUACUUAGAUAAAAGUACACAAGUAUUAUCAGAUAAAUUCACUUAAAGUACACAGGGCAGUAAAAUGUCCCCUGUGGGUGUGGUACUAUAAUCAGUAUACUUACUGAUGCCUUCAGGUGUAAGCUGCAUUUUACUGUUUUAAACUCUUUUAUAUGAAGCUGAAAUUAUUCUUUUCAUUAUUGAUCAAUCUGCUGAGUAUUUCUUGAAUUAAUCUGUCUGUUCGUUCAGGAAUGUGAGAAUUGUCCAACACAAAGUGGCAUCUUCAGUCAAAACUUCAAAGCCCCAUAUUUAAAAGAAGUAAAAAAUGCAGGUGGUCACUUUUAAGAAGCUGGAACCAUUAAAUGUUUGAAAAUUAUUUAAACCACCCACUUAUCAAAGAAGUUUUAUUAUUUAUUACAAUUCAUUAACUCUUUGUUCUCAACUUUCAUUUAAACUACAACAUAUCAGAUUUCAUAAAGUCUUUGUUGAGACUUUAAAUCUCCAUUUGUAGAGUAACUAGUCUGUAGAGUAACUAGUAUGUAUAGUAACUACAGUUACAAGUACAACAAACUUUGAAAUGUUCCUUAGUGCAGUACUUGAUUACAUGUACUUAUUUACUUUACACCAGUGCUGAUGUUGGACAUGUUAGUUUUUAUUGUCAAUGUUUAAUUCUUGUAUUAAGGAUGAAAAAUCAAUAAAUCAUUUAUCAGUUUAUGAGGUCCAUGGAGUUCAAAGUGCUGCAGUAAAUCCUUCUUUUUAAGAUGAGAUACAACGUUAUUGAUCUCCAGAGAACAAUCGCAGGUGUUGUAGCAGAACAAAGAGAGAAGGAAGUACAGCAUGUAUGUUUCUAGUGUUUAUAAUGUCUCAUAAAGUCCUGUAACUUGAGCUCUGUAGACAUAUUUUGAUAAGGGAGAUUAAAGGUCAAAGUCAGUCUCUCCAGUUAGUUCACUUUGUCCCGUGUUGUGACGCAGAUGUUUCUCCAUGUUCAACUUUGUGAACUAUGGAACAGUUUAUUGAAGACUCCAGCCUCGAGGGCUGGAAGGCGAUUGGCUCUGGAGGUUUCGGACAAAUUUACAAAGCCAGGCAUCGUCAGUGGGCCUGUGACGUGGCCAUUAAACUGCUUCGUCAUGACGAUGGGUCCAAUAAGUCGUUGCUGCGUGAGAUUAAGAUGAUGCAAGAAGCAAGCAGCCCGCAUGUUAUUCGUGUCCGAGGGGUCUUUAAGGGUCAACCCCCCAACUCUGGUUGGGCAACCCAGCUUGGUGUGGUCAUGGAGCUCAUGGAGAGAGGAUCACUGGCCUCCCUGCAGGAAGCCUUGAGAGGACCUCCACCCUGGCCGCUGGUCUUCAGACUGGUUCACCAAGUGGCUCUGGGUAUAAACUUCCUCCACAGUCUGCCCCGUCCCGUUCUCCACCUGGACCUGAAACCCCCCAACGUGCUGCUGGACGACUCUCUCAAUGCCAAGCUUACAGAUUUUGGCCUUGCUCGGGUUUCCUGCAGCGUCUCAGUAUUCAAGAAGGAUGAUGAAGAGGGAGGAGGGACAGUCAGCUACAUGCCCCCGGAGGCGUUUGGCUUAACAUACGAACCUAAACGAGCCUCUGAUAUCUACAGUUAUGGGAUACUCCUUUGGUCCAUUCUCACAGGGAAACAACCAUAUAAGGAUGCAAACCCUGCCAUAGUGGCACUUCAAGUCCCACUGGGACAGCGUCCACUAAUGGAUGAUAUUAAGGGUGAUGCUGUGGGGUUGACAAAGUUGGCAAAACUGAUGAAGAGAUGUUGGGACAAUAUACCCGAAGAAAGGCCCCGAGCCCAUGAGUGUACAACCGAGACAGAAGAACUGUAUCAGAUACACAAACAUGCAAUUUCUGAUACUGUCCAUGAAGUGCUGAAGAAACUGGACCAAAAGGAAGACAGGGGAAUAAAAGAGCAGUUUCAAAGAAUUCUAAUUGCUCAGGCUUCAGAGAGUGACCAUUUUGAAGAAGCGAAGGUUGUUGAUAACAUGCCGACAGGUCCCUCGCCAAUUCAGAGAAAAAUAAUGACGAGACCUCAAGAGGUCGUCUUGGAAACUCUAGAAGAUUUGGGAGAUGAAGACUUUGAAAAAUUCAAGUUGCUCCUGCAGCAGCGGGGGGUCCUAGAAGACUUCCCAGCAAUCCCAAAGAGUAAACUGGAGAAUGCAAACAGGGUGAAGACAGUGGAUCAGAUGUUCCAGACUUACUCUACAAACACUAUUAAUGUGACCAGAAUAGUUUUAGUGAAGAUCAAUCAAUUUGAGCUAGUGAAGAAUUUAUCAAAGACCAUCUCAGAACCUGCUGAGAUUGCUGCUAUGUGCCAGCGAAAAGUCAAAUCCAACUCACAAAAGAAGUUCCAGUGUGUGUUUGAGGGGAUUGCUAAAGCAGGAAACAAAACCCUUCUGAAUCAGAUGUUCACAGAGAUCUACAUCACAAAGGAAGGGACUACAGGGGUCAAUGCUGAACAUGAGGUCAGACAGAUUGAAACAGCAUCCAGGAAACCAGACAGACCAGAAACAACAAUCAGACAUGAAGACAUCUUUAAAAGUCAAAAGUGA